CAAGUACUAUGGCGCCCCAGUUCCUCUCCGGCGAUAAUGCCGCCAUUGACGAGUUCUUAUCCAGGUUCGAUGUGUUCCUGUUCGAUUGUGAUGGAUAGGUGUUCUCUGGUCUGGCGAUCACUUGUUUGAGAAAGUACCUGAGACUAUCCAGAUGCUGAGAAGCAAAGGCAAGCAGCUUAUCUUUGUGACCAACAACAGUACAAAGUCGCGCGCCGAUUACAAGAAGAAGUUUGAUAAGCUGGGCAUACCCGCCGAAGUGGACGAAGUCUUCGGUUCCUCGUACAGCGCCGCCGUCUAUAUCAACCGCAUCCUCAAGCUUCCUGCCCCGAAAAACAAGGUGUUCGUGCUCGGAGAGUCGGGUGUCGAGCAGGAGCUGGAAGCCGAAGGUGUACCGUACAUCGGUGGUACAGACCCAGCCUACCGUCGUGACAUCGAGCCUGAAGAUUUCACGAACAUUGCCAAUGGUAGCAUGCUUGACCCAGAUGUCGGCAUUGUGCUGAGCGGUCUCGACUUCCACUCAAACUACCUGAAGACGGCGAUCGCUUUUCAGUACCUGCAGCGCGGCGCGAAGUACCUCGCGACCAACAUCGAUAGCACCCUGCCAAUGUCACACACACUGUUUCCUGGAGCUGGGUCGUCGGGUGCUGGGCUGGCAAAGGCUAUAGGAAGGGAGCCUUUAUCUCUUGGCAAGCCUAGUCAGGCCAUGAUGGAUGCUGUUGAGGGCAAGUUCCAGUUCGACCGCAGCAGGACUUGCAUGAUCGGUGAUAGGUUGAACACUGAUAUCCAGUUCGGCAUUGAUGGAAAGCUCGGUGGCACACUCGCUGUUCUCACUGGCGUAAGCAAGAAGGAGGACUUCCUGGCGGAGGGCGCUCCUACUGUGCCCACUGCCUAUGUCAACGCUCUUGGCGAUCUGCUUGUCUAGAUAGACGUGUCCAUACAGGCCGCAGCAAAUGCUAGAUAGACAAUGUCUCAUUCUGAUACGUGCGUCAGUGGCAGGGUGUUUGAGCGCGUGCACGAAAGCGGUUAGUGCAAGGGUAAAGUGGCAGUCGCGACGCG